GAGGAACCACUUCUACAGAUAGUGAAGAUGUCUUCACUCAGAGUAACUGAGAGUUGGGAGAAGGUGGACCUGAUGUACAUCUCUAUCGAAUUCACUAUCGCUCUGGCGUCGGUGCUCGGGAACGUGCUGGUGGUCCUGGUGGUUUACAUGAACCAGACUCUCAGAGACCCAACUUUCUGUUUUAUUGUUUCUCUGGCACUGGCUGAUAUUGCGGUCGGCGUUCUUGUCAUUCCACUAGCGGUGGUCCUCAGCUUGGGUCUCAGCACACUGUUUUACAACUGCCUCUUCAUUUCCUGCCUCCUCGUCAUCAUCACCCAAAGCUCAAUAUUGUCACUGUUUGCCAUCGCCGUUGACCGCUUCCUACGCGUCAAAAUCCCCACCAGGUAUAACAUCACUGUUACGCAGAGGCGGGCAUGGGUAGCUGUGGGUUUGUGCUGGCUCAUCUCAUUUCUGACUGGUUUAGUGCCAAUGGCUGGCUGGCACCGCACCCCACCCAUAAAUGUGAGCACGACAGCCAUCAAAUGCCAGUUCACCAACGUCAUGUGCAUGGAUUAUAUGGUCUACUUCAACUUCUUUGUUUGGGUGGUGGUGCCCCUGACCAUCAUGAUCGGCCUGUACGCCGAGAUCUUCCGUGUGAUCUGCCGCCAGCUCAACCGUCGAGCUGAGGCCACUUGCGACUCAAGCAAGUACUACCAUAAAGAGCUGAAACUUGCAAAGUCGUUGGCGCUAGUUCUGUUUUUGUUUGCACUAUGCUGGCUGCCAUUGCAUAUUAUGAACUGUAUUGUGUUUUUUUGCCCCACAUGCAACGUGCCCAAGGGUGCUUUUUACUUUGGCAUCUUCAUGUCACACGUCAACUCUGCACUCAACCCGGUGGUGUACGCCUUUCGCAUCCAGCGCUUCCGUGAUACACUGAUUCAAAUCAUCCAGCGAUUCAUGCUCUGUAAAACCCCAUCAGCCAACCUGAGCCAGCAUGAUCCUGGACCCAUCACAGAGAAAACCCAAGUUCAGUAGCAACUAAGACUGAAGACUUUAGAUAUACAAAGAAUCCAAUGCAACCUGCAAUAUGGUGUAAUAAGUCCUGCUUUCUAAAUAAAAGAACCAGUCAGCGGUUGGUAAAGUCAUUGCAUUACUGCAGUUGCCAUCAGGAGCCGCAGGUGUAAUAGAAACAGUCAGCGUUUUUAGAAAUGCACGUAGGAUUGCAAAUGCAAUUUGGCUGGUCCAGCCUGAAAUUUAAGCUUUUUAACGCUAUUUGAUCAUAAGAAACAACAUUUAUGGACCGCUCAUGUCUGAUUUUGUUGAUUUCCCCAUUUAAGUUCCCUAUUUAGAUGUGGUUUUGGGUCCCUGAAAUAACUGUCUGAUGGCAUUGAAAAUAUGGAACAGACUUUCAUGCGCUGUCUGGGUUGUAGCAACUGACUGGCAAAAGGAACUAUGCAAAUCAGGAAACAACACAAAUAUACCCAAAAAACGCAUUUCUCCAUUUUACAUUCUGAUUCAGCACUCUACAUAGUGGAGGUUGCAGCAAACUACUACAAUCUGCCAUUACUGCAGUUCAUGCACCUGAAUCAGCUCUUUAAAAUACAGAAAGUGCACUAGUCUACACUGUGUCUGAAAAUAUGCCCAAUUAUAAAACUCUUCUCCAUCAUCUGAUGAAUUACUGCUGCCACAAUGUCUACAAAAUGUACAAACAUCGCUUUUCCAGCUAUAUUGUGAACAUUCAACAAUACGCCUUAUUUGCAUAGCAAGGAGGCGUGUUUGCACUUGUCAGAAUUACUUGAAUUAAAAAUUCUAAGUGCAAUGCUAUACUGCAACCGGUUAAGUUAGAAUAUGUGAAUAAGACAUAGUUGGUGUUUUUUUUUUUUUUUUUUACUGAAAUAUUGAAUGUAAGAGCAAUGUAACUGUAAAGUGUGUUUACUACUGUGAGUUCAACUAUGGACAGAUUUGUUUGCACAUGUGAGUGUUAAUUUCUUCAAUUAAAAAUCAAUAUCAUGCAUUGAAGAAUUUACAUUUAUUAAAGGUGCUGU